AUGGAGCGGAGGCCGUUCGUGGUGGCGACCUUGAUCAAGUGGUUCGAUGCUCAGGGGUUCGACGAGGAGGAGGUCGCGUCAUGCUCGGUCCCAUGCCUGUUCUUGAAGCUGCCUGAGUACUCCAACGAAAAAUGCGUGGAGGAGGCGGACAUGCUGCUGGCGACGACGAACUUCCAACCUCCCCCGUCCUUCGCCAAGUUCGCCCCCGUGAGUUUCUCUUCUGCCAGCGCGCAAGGGCUGACCGGGCUGCUGCCCAGCUGGCAAAUCUGGGGAUACUUCUCUCUAGAGUCAGCGGUGAACUACCCGGAGAUGGAGAGGGAGGAGUACAUGAAGCAGUUCGAGGUGGAGCUCUCGACCAGGAUGUUCUCCGAUGUCCCGAUGACGUUCGCGCCGAGAGACAGCGACGUCAUCCGCCGUCCGACCGCAGAGAAGAAGUUUGGGUUUGCCCUGUACCUGCAGAGCAACUGUGUGAGCUGGAGGGACGACAUUGUCAGGGAGCUGAUGGAGCAUGUCCCAGUCGACAGCCUGGGCAGGUGCCUGAACAAUGGCGACAUCCCGGAGAGGAUGACGACGGUGGAGCUUAUCUCCCGUUACAAGUUCUUCAUCGCCUUCGAGAACUCCAUCCACCAUGACUUCGUCACUGAGAGGAUCUUCAACGCGUGGAUAGCAGGAGCGAUCCCCAUCUACAAGGGAGCUCCAAACGUUGACGACUUCGCUCCUUCCCCUCGCUCCUUCCUCCUUCUCGACGAUUUCGAUUCAGUUCCUGCUCUUGCUGCCUACCUCCGGUAA